GAGAGAAGGAGAGCGAAGCCUGAAGGAUUAACAGCAUCUGAACAGCUGAAAGGUUGAUUGAAACCGCCCCUCAGACCUUUGUGACCUCCUGGUUCUCGUGAUGGCCUCGGCUGCUGCAUCACCCAAAGGGACCAGUCUGCUGGAGAAGCAGUUAACAUGCUCCAUCUGCAUGGACCUGUUCAAGGAUCCCAUCACUACAGCUUGUGGCCACACCUUCUGUAAGGAGUGCCUGGACAUCAACCGUAAGUACAGCAGCAGCGAGUGCCCCCUGUGCAGAACUCUUCUGAUGAACACGGCAGCUGUGAACAUCGUCCUCAGAGAAAUCGUCCGGCAGCGUGAGUCGGAAAAUCCUGAGAAGAAGAAAAAGAAAAGUAUCUUCACCGGGCAGGACGGCGAAGUGGCCUGUGACAUCUGCACAGAGCAACCGCUCCGGGCCGAGAAGUCCUGCCUGGUGUGUCUGGCCUCGUACUGUUCCACCCACCUGCAGAACCAUGCUUCAACCCAGAGGCUGAAGGGCCACAAGCUGGUGGCCCCGGUGAAGAACCUGGACGACAGGGCCUGUCUGAAGCACGGGCGCCCGCUGGAGCUGUACAGCAAGAAGAGGCAGAGCUGCAUCUGCGUCCGCUGUCUGGAGGAAGGGCCAGAGGAGGUGGUCUCCAACGAGGACGAGUGGGAGAAGAAGAAGUUUGAACUUGAAAACGCCAAAACAGAUCUAGAGGCAAAGAUUCAGAAGAGAGAAACACAACUGGACGAGCUCAGUAAAUCUGUGAAGAGCUGCCAGGACCUGCUGGAAAAUGAGUUGCGGGACAUUGAGGCCGUGUUCGCCGCCGUGCUCGCCAUCGUGGAGGAGGCCCGGGCGACAGCUCUUCAGCCGCUGGAGGACAGGAGGCGGGUCGUGAAGCAGGACGCAGAGAACCUCAAACAGGAUCUGGAAUCGGAGAUCAGCCGCUUCCAGACGACCAUCUCUGAGCUGGAAGAUAUCAGUUCACUCGAGGAUCACAUCCAUUUCCUGCAGAACUACCCAUCUCUUCAGAACCUGGACGACAUCACGGACUGGGCCGAGGUUCAGUUGGACACGUCAUUGUCAUUUGGGACGAUGAGAAAAACCACAGCUAUUAUGAAAGAGAAAGUCCAAGAGGAGCUGGAGAAGCUGACGUCCAUCGAACUCAGGAGAAUCCUAAAGUUCACAGUGGACGUGAAGCUGGAUCCAGCCACCGCUCACCAGUGCCUCCUUGUGUCUGAUGACGGAAAGGAAGUGGAAGACGGAGAGGAGGAUCCGGAAGUGGACGACGCACCGGAGAGGUUUGACAUGUUCGGCAGCGUCCUGGGGCUCAACGGCUUCACCUCCGGCAGGUCGUACUGGGAGGUGGAGGUCGGGAACAAGACCGGGUGGGACCUGGGCGUGGCCAGAGGGGACGCUAACCGCAAGGGGAAGCUCUCGCUGAACCCAGACAACGGCUACUGGGCGACCGUGCACUACGACCACGACAAGUACGCGGCUCUGACAGCAACGCCGCUGCUCCUCUCGCUGCUGCUCAAGCCGGAGAAGGUGGGGGUGUUCGUGGACUACGAGGAAGACCUCGUGUCUUUCUACAACGUGACGGCUCAGACUCACGUUUACUCUUUCACCGGGUGUUCGUUCAGCGGGGAGCUCUUCCCGUAUUUCAGUCCGCACCGAAAGCAAGACGAUCACAGCGGUGAUCCGCUGAUUAUCUCACCCGUGAAACAACGUGAACAAAUCAUGGAUGAGUCUUGAGGAGUAGAUGUGUGUGUUUGGUUUGUUUGUUAGAGGAGGAGGGGAAUUAAACACACUCCCAACUUUGGGUUACCAUAGUUACUGUUUCCGGCAGACUGUAAAUAAAGAUGGCCGACGCGUCUCCACUUCCUCACGCUGCACAAAUAUGAAGCAAAAAUAUCUCUGAUACAGGCGUCG